AGUUCACCCAGGGCACCAUUUUCCCUAAGGCCGGCCCUGGGUGGCCACUGAGCAGGGGGGUGGGGAGGGGGCAUUAAAUAGACUCUCUCACACGUGAAACCACCAUAUGAUUUCCCUGCCGCCUGUCACAUCCCAUCUCCAUCGCCAACCGGGCCCGGGGAGGGAAAUCUUAUCCCGCCCCCCAUUGAACAAGCAACUCCAGGCUCAUCCUGGAGUCUUCGAUGGCGAGCUCAGGGGCUCUCCUGGUUUUAUCCUUCGCGGAGGGAAUUUCCUCCAUGCUGGAGCACCCACCACUGUCCAGCCGCUGCUGGAGCAGAGCAGCCCCGGCCCAUUGGCUCUCGGUAUUUAUCCAGCACCCAUGGCUCUGGGAUCCAGAUGCUGAGACAGAUUUGCUAUGGAGUGAAGCUUCCCAGCUCCCUGGGUGAUCCAUUGAUGGCAGCAAUGGAGGAGAAGUGACAUCCUCCAGAGGAUAUUUGGGUGGGAGAGAGGCCAUUGCCCUUACCGCUAGGAUCUCAGCCCAAACACACUCUCCCGAGGUGGCUGCCUGGUCUGCCCCAUGACCCCUGAAUCCCCUUCUCUCUUUACAAGCCUGUAGGACUGAGACCCUAGUACACUUCCCAGCAGGCCAAUAAGCCCCCAAUAACCCGUCUGCCUGUAACAGCCGGUCACAUGCUGCCGAGGAAGGAGGAAGGAAGGAUUUAUGCUGCCUCAUUGUACCGCAGGCAACAUCCAACGGCUUCAGGGAGCCAAACUCCCUCUAGCCCCAGCCCCUGGCGCUUGAGGAUGGGUCAGGUCAGGGAGCAGCUCAGUGAGAACCAAAACAGAGGCUUGGCCAUGCUGAGAAAGCCACCCCACUGCUAGCCAUGGGGUGAGGGGCCCCCAUGGUCAAAACCCACCCUGGCUCGGGCUAGCUCCGUAAGCUGCCCCAGUGCUCCCAAGCGGCCAGGGAAGGGAAGAAGGAGUGAGCUGAGCUCAGGGGAAUGGGGAAGCAGAGACCCAAGGGGGAGAGAGCAGGUUGCCAGAGAGAUGAAGCAGGCAGCCAGUGAGAAGGGAAGGGCCUGAGAGAGGCAGGAAAGGGGGAGAAGACAGCAGGGGCGACCAGGAAUGUGGGGAGGGUGAAGGGAGGACUGAAAGUGGGGCUCACUCCUAAAAUAACCCACCUGCCUUUGACUAACCCCGGCGAGCCAAGAGCCCCCGUGGCUACCCCUCCUCAUCCACCCAGACAAGCAGCUCAGAGUCAGCGCUCGGGAAAACCCGAGGGGUGUAAAAAUAGUGCCAGAGCAGCACAGCUCACCCGGCAGGGGCUGAGAGGCGAGCGCUCUGUUCACCACACGGUCAGGCUCAGAGAGGCCUGCAGGGAGCCCAAAAUAGUCCUCUGGCUCUGCAGUGCUGGGGAGGUCCUUGCGGUGGGAGGCUGGAGAUGGGGCCAGGAGGGAUGGCUCAGCUCUAAGACCCCAUUCAAUGACCCUGCCUGGUUGUCACAAGAGCAAUUCCCCCAGCAGGGCCCCGGGUACCUCUUGACGGCAAGCAAGUCAGGAGACUCCCUUCCAAACAUGCUGCCAAUUUGUAGCAGAGCCUGGCCCAGACCCCUGUUCUGUAACCAGCGCUGGACACAUCCGAAGCUUCAGUCUGGGUGUGGGCCAGGCUGUUAAAGUCUCGUCCCAUGUUGUCUCCGGAUCCCCGGAGCCAUCUGUAAUCAUGAGGUAGCUGGAUGUUCCACACUGCUGUGUAAUCACCUCCCUGAGACUCAAGGGGCAGGUGUUGGCUUUGGAGAUGAAAUGAGACACACCCACCCCAAGCAGCAGGAAUCCAGAAAGCCCCAGGACCAUUCCCCCUCUCCGCUCUUCCUGGAGAACAGCGGCUCUCCCUCACUUUACUUGUUACUGUUGGUCACCACCCCCAUCAGCCAGCACUCAUCUCCAUCUGGGGGCAGGAAGAGGCUGCAGCUCAUGGGGCUGGGAGCAGCUGCCGGGCUGCCCUCCUGCGAGCCACAUCUGGCUGCAGUCGCCAUCAAGAUCAUAGGAGAGUCUCUAAUGAACCUCAGCUCCUUCUAAUUGAGCAGCACCGCUCAUUAAUGUUAGAAUUGCUGUGUGCUGCAAACCUGUUGGGCACAAUCGCCUUUUCCUCCCUUAGGCUCUUGCUUACGAAGAGCCAACAACUGGCACCUCUUACAUGCAGCCACAAAGAUUCAGGAGUUACACAGCCGGCCAAAAACCUUGACGCUCUGAUGCCUGAGGGACUCUUCCUGCUGCCCAGAUGUUGGCCCUCAGGCUACUUCUCCCACUGCUUCCUUCCAUGAACGCCACCUCACUACCCAUCAUAUUUUUUUCCUCUUGUCUCUUCUCUUGCAGGUGUCACAUGGGGAACCUUCUUAAAGUGUUGACUUAUAACGACCUUGAACAAGGCCCUAAUUUUUUCCUUGACUUUGAACAUGCUCAGCCCACAGAAGCCGAGACAGCUGUGUGGAACCAGGUCAACGCAGUGCUAGAGGAGGCACAGACAAUCCUGGCUGAACUGCAGUCCUACACGGGGGCUGGCCUGGAGAUUAGAGAGGCGAUCCAAAAUCCCAAUGACCUCCAGCUACAGGAGAAGGCCUGGAACGCCGUGUGCCCUCUAGUGGCAAAGCUGAAACGCUUCUAUGAGUUCUCUCUUCGACUGGAGAAUGCUCUGCGCAGCUUGCUGGAGGCACUGACCAGCCCACCCUAUGCCCCAACUCAGCACCUGGAGAGAGAACAAGCCCUAGCAAAGCAGUUUGCAGAAAUCCUACACUUCACCCUCACCUUUGACGAGUUCAAGAUGACCAACCCUGCCAUCCAGAACGAUUUUAGCUACUACAGAAGAACCCUCAGCCGAAAUCGCAUUAACAAUUUACAGUUGGAUGCCGAGAGUGAUGUUAACAAUGAAAUGGCCAACAGGAUGUCUCUCUUCUAUGCAGAGGCCACGCCUAUGCUUAAAACUCUAAGCAACGCCACAACCAAGUUUGUUUCAGAGAACAAGACCCUCCCCAUUGAGGACACAACUGACUGUCUAAGCACCAUGGCCUGUGUCUGCAGGGUGAUGCUGGAGACCCCGGAAUACAGGAGCCGGUUCACUAACACCGAGACCCUUCUCUUCUGCAUGCGAGUGAUGGUUGGAGUCAUCAUCCUCUAUGAUCACGUUCACCCCGUGGGGGCUUUCGCAAAGACCUCCAAAAUCGAUAUGAAAGGAUGCAUCAAAGUCUUGAAAGAUCAGCCUUCAACCAGCACAGAGGGGCUCCUGAACGCACUGAGGUACACCACUCGGCACCUCAAUGAUGACACCACAUCCAAGCAGAUCCGGGCCCUGCUGCAGUGAGAGUCUCGAGAGCAGUGGGGUGGGGGCGGGAUCUGUCCCGCUGGGGCCUGGAGGCUUCACUUAGAACUGUCAGCAGAAAAUUUUAAAAGUUGCCAUGUUGCUAUAAAUAACCAUGAUCAUAUUUCUCAUUUUGUAAAGAAAGGGAAAAGGGUUUUAAAAAGAUAAAAAGACAGAAAUACAAGAACAAACUAAGCAGCCCACAAAUCCGCUCUCUCCAGCGUCCCCCUCCCCACCUACCUCCCUCCAAAAAAGAUCAGUGUCCAACUCUGACAGGCUGUGUGUCACCCACUCCGUGUGUCUCCGUUCCCCCGCCCCCUCGGUGGUGACGUGACAUGCCCAGUUCUUAGCCUGCCUGAGCUUGGGCUGGGGGCUAGGAGAUGGAAGCCCGGGAGCAGGGGAGCGUCCCCACGGUUCCCACAGGGGUACAGUGUAGGGUCACUUUAUCUGGACUAUGCCCCCCAAGUGUGAAGGGAGGGGUCCAGGGCAGGGCUGGCAGGAAGCCUCCCUUCCUGACAGAUGUAAAUAAAGUGCGUGAAUUGCUCCAAGGGUCCGGCUGUGACGAUGACGAUGAAGAAGAAGAAGAAGAAGGCGGCAUCAUCUUUAAAUCCUCUCACACUGAGUCCAUUGAAAAUAGCUCAGUGGUACCUUUUAGAUUUUUAAUAUAAAAAUUAAAAUCCACUCACCUGUUAUUUUGUACAUUUUUGUGUGA